CUUGUUUCCUCAACUAGUUUCACCGGUUCCGUCUCUUUUCUUGUGAGGGAUUUUCUUCAAGUUUACAGUGAAAACUGUGAUAAGUUUUAGAUUAGUUACAGUAUUUCAGCAUCGCUUAAUCUUCAGAUGAAGUUCGGGAAGGAAUUUGCGUCUCAGAUGGUGCCGGAAUGGCAAGAAGCAUACAUGGAUUACGAUUACUUGAAGACGCUGUUAAAAGAAGUGCAACGUUUCAAGCAUAGGACCAAUCCACCGGCUGCUCCUGUGCUAAAACGGAAGCUGACACUGUAUAGAGCUUUCAGUGGCUUAACACAACGUCACCACCAUAACCCUACGAGUCCAUCAUCGUCUAAUGAUAUUGAGAGCCAACCCAUUCUGGUGAAUUCCGUCGAUCGGAACGGGUCACGAAAUUACGAGACUACGUUCCUCAUGUCGUCGGAGGAAGGGGGAGAGUACGAGCUGGUCUACUUUAGAAGGCUGGAUGAUGAGUUCAAUAAAGUAGACAAGUUUUAUAAGGCUACGAUGCAUGAGGUGAUGAAUGAAGCUGGGGUUUUGAACAACCAAAUGGAUGCUUUGAUUGCUUUCAGGAUUAAAGUUGAGAACCCUCCCGGAAUUCAUUUCGACAGGUCGGUGGAGAUGACUCGUCUUGCUUCGGAUAUUGCAGCUUCUGCUGCUGCACUCUCGGCUUCUACUCCUAAAUCAGCAACUAGAAGGGCUGCUCACCUAGAAGCCAUUGAAGAAAGCAACCAUGGCCAACCAGAUGAUGAGGAUGAAGAAGCCAAACCAGUAAAACUAAAACCCAAAGUCAAUGUCAUCAGGCCCGCUCCACUUGAAAUACUUGACCGGGUGAAAAUGAACAAUACUCUUGAGACUCCUCGUUCCACCAUUAAAGGUGUCCUCAAAGUAGAAAAGCAUGCCGAGCUGAGUUUCAGUAGGGAAAAUCUAAGAAAAGUUGAAGAACAACUUAAGCGGGCUUUUUCUGAAUUUUACCAGAAGCUUCGCCUGCUUAAAAGUUACAGCUUUUUGAAUACGUUGGCUUUCUCCAAAAUAAUGAAGAAAUAUGACAAGAUUACUUCCAGAAAUGCAUCAAAAUCUUACAUGAAAAUGGUGGAUAACUCAUAUCUUGGUAGCUCUGAUGAGAUCACAAGGCUCAUGGAGAGGGUUGAAACAGCAUUCAUCAAGCAUUUUUCAAAUGGAAACCGUGCUAAGGGAAUGAACAUUUUAAGGCCCACAGCAAAACGAGAAAGGCAUAGGACAACCUUUUCAACAGGGUUUUUCGCUGGUUGCGCAGCCUCUCUUCUUCUCGCCCUUAUUUUGAUCAUACGUGCCCGAAAAAUCAUGGACAGUGAAGGAAGGACCAAGUACAUGGACACCAUGUUUCCUCUUUACAGUUUUUUUGGGUUCAUUGUUCUGCACAUGUUAAUGUAUGCAAUCAAUAUAUUCUAUUGGAGGAAGUACCGAGUCAACUACGCCUUCAUAUUUGGUUUCAAGCCAGGAACCGAAUUGGGUUAUAAACAAGUUCUUCUUUUGAGUUUUGGUCUUGGAGCAUUGGCAUUAGCUAGUGUGCUCGGCAACCUUGACAUGGAGAUGGAUCCCAAAACAAAGGACUACGAGGCAUUCACUGAACUUCUUCCUCUAAUGUUGGUUGUGUGUCUAUUUAUCAUUCUAUUCCUGCCAUUCAAUAUCUUGUAUCGAUCGAGUCGAUUCUUCCUCCUCACAUGCUUGUUCCAUUGUAUUUGCGCUCCUCUAUACAAGGUCACACUCCCAGAUUUCUUCUUGGCUGAUCAGUUAACUAGCCAGGUGCAAGCAAUUAGGAGCUUGGAGUUUUACAUUUGCUACUAUGGUUGGGGAGAUUUUAGACUUAGAGAGACCACAUGCAAAGAAAACAGCGUGUUUAGAACUUUCUCCUUCAUUGUGGCAGUGCUUCCAUACUUGGUUCGCUUCCUUCAAUGCCUUCGCCGGCACUUCGAAGAGGAAGAUCCACUUCAAGGACUCAAUGGACUGAAAUACUUCUUGACAAUCGCAGCUGUUUGUUUGAGAACGGCAUACAACAUCAACAAGGGAAUUGGGUGGGGUAUAAUAGCCUGGGUUUUCUCAGCCAUUGCAGCAAUAUUUUGUACAUAUUGGGACUUGGUUUAUGAUUGGGGGCUUCUAAAUCUCCACUCCAAGAACUUUUUACUGAGAGACAAACUCCUCCUUCCUCACAAAAAAGUAUAUUUUGGAGCCAUGGGCUUGAACGUUUUGUUGAGAUUUGCCUGGCUCCAAUCAGUGUUGAACUUCAGGUUUUCGCUGCAUGAACAAACCCUGUUGACAAUCGUCGCCAGUCUUGAGAUCAUUCGUCGAGGCAUAUGGAAUUUCUUCAGGUUGGAAAAUGAACAUUUGAACAAUGUUGGGAAGUAUCGAGCGUUCAAGUCCGUACCAUUACCUUUCAAUUAUGAUGAGGAUGAUGACAAAGAUGAUUAAGUUUGUACCAAUCUGCAUUACCAUUACCGUUAUCCAGGGCCGGCCCUGGCCGGGGCAGGAGGGGCGUCCGCUCAGGGCCCAUAAUAUUCAGUCGGCUCAGCAUAUAUGUUUUUGGCCCAGAAAAUUCAAUCAAUGCCUAAUUUUCUCACUGAAAAUUAUAUACAUCAACCCAUUUAAUCAGCAUA